AUGGCGUCAGAAUCCAAAACCACAGAUGAAAUGAAGCAUGAUGCAAGCCCGCCACCACGUUCAUCGUCUCCAAAGCCUUCGGUUCACUCAAGAGCCAGCUCAAAACGCUCGUCCUCUUCAAGAUCUUCUGUCAUGGAGGCUGCCGCCAAAGCAAGGGCUACAGCUGAAGCAGCGCUCACCAAGGCAUCUUAUGCUAAGCGACAGUUAGAAAUGAAAAAGGAGAGAGCUAAGCUAGAUUUACAAAAGGCUGCAUUAGAAGCAGAUUUGGAGGCGUUGGCAUAUGAAAGGGAAGCAGAGGCAGCGCGGGUCGAAGCUGAAGUCUUAGAAGCAGCUGUAGCUAUGGGGAAUGACGAUGUACAAAGCCUAAGAAGUGUGGUUUCGCCACAAGUGAUACGACAGCGCACUGAAGAGUAUGUGCUAUGCCAGUCACAGGUUAGCGUACAGUCUCCUGCCUUACCGCAUCACCAUGAAAUGCAGCACACGGUGAACAGUCCUCCAUGUCAGUCAGCACCUGGAACUGUAGAGGUAAAGCCCCCACUCAUAGACUUCAGACCCUCAGCACAUGAGCCCGUACAUGCAGCUGAACAAUCCCCCGCACCAAGACCGUCACACAGUCCGCACAGACAACAUGAUCAGCCUCCUCCUCUUCGCCCCGACUCCCCACCCAUGAUAGACUUCGCCAAGUUCCUAGCGCGCAGAGAAUUAGUGACCACUGGCCUUACCAAGUUCGACGACUCACCAGACAACUUCAGAGCAUGGCAGUCGUCAUUCUUCAAUGCAACACAAGGCUUAGGGCUCUCCUAUAGUGAAGAGUUAGACCUCCUCAUGAAGUGGCUGGGUAAAGAGUCAUCAGAGCAUGUGAAAAGGAUUCGCGCUGUUCAUGUCACUAACCCCAGGGCUGCCCUCCAUCUGUCCUGGCAGAGACUGCAGGAAUGCUACGGCACGCCAGAGAUGGUAGAGAACGCCCUGUUCAAAAGACUAGAUAGCUUUCCCCGUCUGUCUGCCAAAGACAAUGUGAAACUGAGAGAGCUCAGUGAUCUCCUUAUGGAGCUGCUGGCAGCUAAGGACGACGGUUACCUCCCCGGGCUGGCCUACCUCGAUACUCCUCGUGGGAUAAAGCCCAUAGUCGAGAAGUUGCCCCCUGGCCUGCAGGAAAAAUGGCUCAACACGGGCUCCCGCUUCAAGGAGCAGCACAGAGUAACUUUUCCUCCCUUUUCGUUCUUCGUGGACUUCAUCAACAUCCAGGCUAAAGCCCGCAAUGACCCAAGUUUCGCCCUGUCAAGCAACAGCCAGGCAUACAGCAAAGGUGAGAGAACUCCAUUAAAGCAAAGUGGUUUCAAGACUGCUGUAUCUGUACACAAGACAGACGUGUCUGCCACCAUUGACGCAGACACCACAAGCGCCACAGACAUUGAAAAGAAAGACAUUGAUCCAGCUCGAUAUUGCCCUGUGCACAAGAAAACACAUCCAUUAGAAAAAUGUAGGUCAUUCAGAAUGAAAACAUUGCAAGAACGCAAAGACAUUCUUAAAGAACAUAAACGCUGUUAUAAAUGCUGUGCACCAAACCACCUCGCCAAGGACUGCCAGACGACACUGAAAUGCGGUGAGUGUGAGAGCGAAAGACACUGCUCUGCAAUGCAUCCCGACACCUCUCAGCCACCGCCUCCGUCGUCUGCCCAACCAGGUGCAGAAGCACAGCCAGCCAGUUCUGCCCUGGAAGUGA